CCGGCCCGACCGUUGGAUUGAAGGGAAUGAAUGUUGUUUAUAUGAAAGGAGGCAAAGCCAAACACGCCCUAACCAUCAAACAAUGCCAAUCUCUCUUGAAUCACUAUGCAGCUACUCAAUCAAUCUCCAAAACCAAGGCGCUUCACUGCCACGUCAUCACCGGCGGUCAUCUCUCUCACCACCUCCGGUCGUCCCUUUUCAUUACAUAUGCCUUGUGUGAUCACAUCUCAUAUGCGCGGAAGCUGUUCGAUGAAUUGCCUCAAAGUUCCCUGCUUUCGUUUAACAUCGCCAUCAGAAUGUACGUGCGCGAUGGGCUGUAUCAAGAUGCUGUUAAUGUGUUUGUUAGGAUGGUUGGUCGGUGUUGUCCGGAUAGUUAUACUUACCCUUUUGUUGUGAAGGCGGCUGGUCAGUUGAAUUCGGUAAAAUUGGGCUUGGUUCUUCAUGGGAGGAUCUUGAGAGGCUGGUUUGGCGCAGACAAGUACGUGCAGAACUCAUUGUUGGGGAUGUAUAUGAACUGUGGGAGGGUUGAAUUGGCGAGGAAGGUGUUUGAUGCUAUGAAGAACAGGGAUGUGAUUUCAUGGAACACGAUGAUUAGUGGGUAUUGCAGAAAUGGAUUCAUGAAUGAUGCUUUGAUGAUUUUUGAUAGGUUGGUUUACGAGGGUGUUGAACCGGACAGAGCCACAAUGGUCUCUUUGUUGCCAGUUUGUGGUCACUUGAAGGAUUUGGAAAUUGGAAGAGAGGUUCAUAAGUUGGUGGAAGAAAAAGGGUUGGCGGAUAAGUUAGAGGUGAAGAACGCAUUGGUGGACAUGUACAUGAAGUGUGAUCGCAUGGAUGAGGCAAGAUUUGUCUUUGAUAGGAUGGAGCAUAGGGAUGUAAUCACAUGGACUUCUAUGAUCAAUGGGUAUAUAGGAGAUGGUGACCUGAGAAAUGCUUUAGAUUUGUGUAGAUUAAUGCAGCUUGAAGGUGUGAGGCCUAAUACUGUGACUAUAUCCUCUCUUGUUUCAGCAUGUGGCAGUGCAUUCGAACUGAAUGGUGGUAAAUGUUUUCACGGCCGGGCAGUAAGGCAAGAGGUUGAUUCCGAGGUCAUAAUAGAGACUUCCUUGAUCAGCAUGUAUGCUAAAUGCAAUCGGAUAGACCUUUGCUUCAAUGUCUUUUCAGGAGCUUCGAAAAGGCUAACCGGAAUAUGGAGUGCGAUUAUAUCUGGGUGUGUUCAGAAUCAGCUUAUGACAGAAGCAAUAGAACUAUUCAAAUGGAUGCGGUUGGAAGAUGUAGAACCAAAUAUAGCUACAUUAAACAGUGUCCUUCCAGCUUUUGCAGUUGCAGCUGAUUUGCAUCAGGCAAUGUAUAUCCACUGCUAUCUUACAAAAUCUGGGUUUAUGUCGAGCAUUGAAGCUGCCACAGGUUUGAUCGAUGUCUACUCAAAGUGCGGAACAUUAGAAUCUGCCCACAAGAUCUUCGAUGGUAUUCCACGAAAACACAAGGGCAAAGAUAUAGUUCUAUGGGGUGCCUUAAUCUCUGGCUACGCGAUGCACGGAGAUGGUCCUAAUGCAUUGCUAACUCUCAGAGAAAUGCUCCGGUCUGGGUUGAAGCCAAAUGAAAUCACUUUCACUUCAGUCUUACAUGCUUGCAGCCAUACCGGUCUGGUGGACGAAGGUUUAACGUUGUUCAAGUUUAUGCUCGAACAUCACUGGACGAUAGCUCGGCCUAACCAUUUCACUUGCAUUGUCGACCUCCUUGGUCGAGCAGGACGACUGAAAGAAGCAUACGAUCUUAUUACAACCGUCCCAUUUGGGCUUAGCCCGACCACUUGGGGUGCAUUGCUAAGUGCUUGUGUAGUACACGAGAAUGCUGAGCUCGGAGAAAUGGCUGCCAAUAAGCUAUUUGAGCUGGAGCCUGGAAACACUGGAAACUACAUGCUGCUGGCAAAGAUUUACGUGGCGCUGGGGAGAUGGAAAGAUGCGGAGAGUGUAAGAAACAUGAUGACAAGUGUUGGGUUGAGAAAGAUGCCGGGUCAUAGUCUAGUGGAGGUGAGAAGUACAUCAAGCUGAUAGGUCUGGGCAUGAAUACCCGAAAAUCGGGUAUCCGUGAAUAUUAGAC